AGGGAGGAGGAACCGGAACCAUCGGACUUCCCCGCUGCGCUCACGGUUGCUGUCAGGCGCUCCAGUCUCGGAAGGAGCCCUAUACUGCGCGCCCAUCUGAAGCUGUCCAAGCUCGCCCCAGGAGCCAGCCCUUCCAAGCCAUGCCUGACCACACUGUCAUCGCCAUGCAGGGCGGGGAACCAGAGAAGGGGAACACUUCGAGCCGUCCUCGUGACUACCUGCUGUUCUCCCUCUUCAACAUUCUGGGGUUGGGGAACCCUUGUUGUCUCAGCUUCAUUGCGCUCGUUUGUUUGGUCAAGUCCAGGGACCGGAAGCUGGCUGGGGACAUGAAUGGGGCCUUGAGCUAUGGAAACACCUCAAACAUCUCUGCCGUCAUCUUGAAUGUGUUGCUUCUCAUCACCUUCAUCAUCCUAGUCUUUGUUUAUGUGGUUCCCUUGAUCCAGAUGAUGUUCAACUAUCAAACACAUUUCUAGGCUCCAACCCUGCCCCCCUCAGGGACACCAGCAUGCUGUCCCAGUCCUGCUUCCCUAGAUCCCCUCACCUAGCCCCACUCCCUCAUCCAGCGGAGCAGCCCCUAUCACCCCACAGACACCCAGAAGCCUAGAACACUCAGUGCCUGGGUCAGAGUGGGCAUGAAAUAAAUUCAGUAAAUCAA